UAGUCCUUAACUAUGUUUCUUUUCAGGUUAUUUAUUCCUGUCCCUCCGAAGGCUGGUCUAAUAUAACUGUGGUAUAAUUAAACUACUACUUGGAACCUUCUAACCACAACUGAGAUCAGAUGAUUUGACAACCGAUUGAUUUCUUCAGUUUGUGUAUAGUUAUAAUUGUUUUGGUAUGAGGAGUAAACGAUUAUACGGUAGUCUGUUACAAUGAAGCUAAUUCUACUCACGGCUUUGUGUGUUUUGGUUUGUGCCAAGCAUGAAGAAUACAUCGGAUGGAAGUCUUACUACGUGAGACCUGUUUCUAAAGCUGAUUUCAAAAUCUUUAGGGCCAUGAUAGAGAGAUACGAACUGGACAUCUUAAGGCAUCCGAUCUCAGGUCGCGAAGGUAUCAUCCUAGUCAAACCUGAACAUCAAGCUGGGUUCAAACAAGAGGCUGCUGCUGCCGGCAUCUCUGUCAAGAUUCACCGGGAGAACGUAAAACAAGAACUGGACUUUGAUGACAUGCGAAUUAAAAGGCACAACCGGGAAUGCUUUGCCAGGAACGGUGGACGCAAGUUGCCUUACGAGAGCUACCAGCAGAUUGAAGCUAUAAAUAACUACACCGAUUACAUUGGAGCCACCUACCCUAAAGUUGCCAAGGUCGUGGAUGCCGCUAAGUCCUUCGAAGGUCGUCCUAUCAAGUACAUCAAGAUCUCCACCACCAACUUCGAGAAUCACAGGAAACCCGUCAUCUUCAUUGAUGGAGGAAUCCACGCUAGGGAAUGGAUCGCCCCUCCUUCUGUCACCUACGCUAUCAAAAAGUUGGUUGAAGAUGUUACCCAAAAAGACCUUUUAGAUAGGUUUGACUGGAUUCUUUUGCCAGUCGUCAACCCUGACGGAUACAAAUUCACUUUUACCAAAAGCCGAUUUUGGCGCAAGACUCGUUCAAAAGGCCAGAGCACUAUCACUCAAAUCUGCCCCGGUGUCGACGGCAACCGUAACUAUGACUUCCGCUUCGGUACCGUCGGUAGCAAUCACUACGCUUGCUCUGACGUCUACUGUGGCUCCCAGGCAUUCUCAGAAGUUGAAACCAGGGUCGUCAGGGACAUCCUUCAAGAAAAUCUUUCUCGCGUUGCUUUAUACGUAACCAUGCACAGUUUUGCGAGCGUGAUCCUAUACCCAUGGGCACACGAUGGUUCCCGUUCUCACAAUAUAUUUGACCUUCACUCCGUUGGAGUGGAAAUGGCUAGUGCUAUUCAUAAAAAAUCUCUUCCCAACUUCCCGAAAUAUAUUGUUGGAAAUUCUGCUUUAGUACUCAACUACCUAGCAUCUGGUACUUCUAUAGACUAUGCUCACUCUAUCGGGAUAAAUUUAACCUACGCUUUUGAAUUACCUGGUAUCUCUGAAGAUUUGGAAGGUUUUAAUCUCAGCCCGGAUUACAUCGAACAAGUAGUUCGCGAAACCUGGGCAGGAAUUGUUGUGGGUGCCAGGAAAGCUGGAGACUUAUUUAUAAAAUAA